AAAAAAACCGCCACGCAGAAUCGAGAAUCGUCCGCGAGUCGAUAGCGCCGAGAAUCGACGCGGAGUCGAGAAUCGCCACGCGACGCCAUCGCUGAAGGAACCGAGCGAGAGACGCAGCACAGAACUCGCAGGAAGACGCCGAUUCGAGACUGACCAAGAUGUCGGAGCAGGAGAACCACGGAAAGCUGUUUGUGGGCGGGCUGCACUUUGGCACGGACGAGCGCUCGCUGCAGGACGUGUUCGGGAAAUACGGCCGCGUGGCACAGGUGCUGUUGCUGAAGGACCGCGAGACUAACAGGUCCCGAGGCUUCGCUUUCGUCACUUUUGAGAAUCCCGACGAUGCCAAAGACGCCGCCAAAGACCUGAACGGAAAAUCCCUGGAUGGCCGCAGCAUCACCGUGGAGCAAGCCACCGGCCGCCCCACCGACUGGGCCGGUAACGGCGGCGGCGGCGGUUACAGCGGAGGAGGCGGCGGCGGUUACAGCGGAGGCGGCGGCGGAUACGGAGGUGGCGGUGGCGGAUACGGGGGAGGAGGCGGCGGAUACGGGGGAGGAGGUGGCGGAUACGGGGACUACAGCCGCUCCCGUGGCAGCAGUGGCGGCGGUGGUGGAUACCGGCGCGGAGGAGGGGACGACGAUCGCAGCCAGGGCUGGAGCCAUGGCAAGAGGAGUUCGUCCGGCUACGUGGAGGGGAGCCCCCCAGCGAAACGCUCGGCAGACGACAGCUCCCGCUCCUCCUCCUCCUACAGGGGAGACGGCUACGAAUCCCGUGGCCGGACUCGAGGGUCGUCGUCCUCGUCCCGGGGGGGGAGGGGCCGUGACGGAGGGGGGGGCAGCUACGAACGCAGCAGCCGCAGAGACGGGGAGCGAUCGUCGCACGGCCACAGCGGCAGCAGCGGCGGCAGUGCCAAGCGCGCCGCAGGCGACGACUACGACAGCAGCUACAGCAACUUCGCUGGGUCUGCAGAGGUCGACCCAAUAGUCAAGGUAGUCGAGAUCCAGGCGGCCUUCGACUGAGCACCACGGGGGGAGCGAGGGGGGGGGGGCAUGGAGCGCAACAAACUCCCCCCCCCCCCCCGGCAUCGCCUUCGCUGGCAGGACCCGUUCCCGGAUCACGUUCCAUGAUCCCGUUCCGUGAUCCCAAUCCUGUUCCGGAUCCCGUUCCAUGAUCCCCGUUCCGUGAUCCCGUUCCAUGAUCCUGUUCCCGGAUCCCAAUCCUGUCCCGUGAUCCUGAUCCGGAUACCGUUCCGUGAUCCCGUUCCGGAUCCCGUUCCGUGAUCCCGUUCCGGAUCCCAAUCCCGUUCAAGUUCCAAUUCCCAAUCCCGUUGGGGAUCCUGUUCCCAUUCACGAUCCCGUUCUGGUUCCGCCCUACUUUGGUAAUGAGAGCGGAUGGUGGUGGUGGUGGUGAGGGUGGUGGCACCACCACCCUCACCACCGUUGUUGUCGUCGUUGUUGUUAUUCGACACACACACAGACACGUACACACACACAGACACGUACACACACACACACACGUACACACACGUACACACACAGACACGUACACACAGACACACACACACACAGACACGUACACACACACAGACACGUACACACACACAGACACGUAUACACUCAGACACGUAGACACAGACACGUACACACAGACACAGACACGUACACACACAGACACGUACACACACAGACAUGUACACACACAGACACAGUACACACACACACAGUACACACACACAGACACGUACACACACACAGACACGUACACACACACAGACACGUACACACAGACACGUACACACACACAGACACGUACAGACACACAUACACGUACAGACACACAGACACGUACACACACACAGUACACACACCCA